GAGCACACUGUCAGGAUGAGCUGAUGUGAGCGCUGCAUCAAGUGCGCGGUGGUGAUGCUCCCGUAUAAAACAGCCCGCUGUAUUUUGGCACAGAGGGGGAUGCAUCAGUUUAACCCUCGGCUCUGCCCUCCGGACUCGCCCAUACAGUCUUCAGCCUAGAUAACUUGAGGGGAUGUGUGAUCCUAUUGUGAGGAAUCCUGCCGCACGAUAUUACUGAGGAUCUCUCUCUGUUCGUUUUUUUUUCUCUCUUCAACUUCGAUGGCUUGAGUGGCCCAUUUGCACUCAUGCUUGCAACCGAGGAGGGAUGUAAGGUACGGGCCAUCCACCGCCCUCACAUUGCACGGAGUAGCGGCGUGAUUCAGGUCGCUAUCUGAGUGCCAAUAAGAAAAAAAACUACUUUCGAGAUGUGAAUUAUCGAGAAUUGCUACUCACUCCACCGGCUCGCCUGUCCUAUGCUAUCAACAACGGGAUCUCAAGAGGAAAAUGAUUGUGGCAUAAACUAUUUCUGGAGACGCUUGUCACAGAUAUCGCCGCUGAACUGGACAAGGUGGAUGGUUAUUUCCCAAACAGUUCAAGCUUAUGUAUCCUGCAUUCGUUUGUUGGAAUCGCUGCCUAGUAUCUUCGAGAACAGCGCAAGAGGAAUGCUGGUCCAAGAUCUAAUGCCAUUUACUUUAAGUUUUUGGCCUUUUUUCUUCGGUCAUUGCCUUCUCUCACUGUUUUUACUCUCAUGCCAGGGAGAACUCCAGAGGUCAUGCUCACGGACUGUGGCGGAGAAAGUUAGCGAACAGUGCCAGCUGGCAUGCCACUGUAGAAGAUACCCUCCCCUUCCUCCUCCACCGCCUCCACCGCCUCCCCCACGGCUACUGGGCACCACAGUGGCGGUGCCCGAGGUGCCGUUGUUGAGGCCGUGGUGGAUGGAGAUGGACAUUGUAGUGCUUGGAACGGUGGGCUGUGCCUCAGUUGUCUUCCUGCUCUCAGCCAUCAUCAUCUGCUACAAGGCCAUCAAGAGGAAACCACUACGAAAAGAAGAGAACGGGACAAGUCGUGGGGAAUAUGCCAUGAGCAUCCGUAAGAAGAAGGCCAUGGGUACGAACAACACUGUGGUAUAGACUGUCUCCUGGUGGACGUAAGAAGUGACAUCACCAUUACCGUCUCUCACCGUAACCCCAAAUACAACAAUCCCUUCUCACCCAGAAUGCAACAGGGUUUUUAUCCAAGGUUUGCAAAUAGGUAAACCUUCCCUCUUUGCUUGGCAUGUUGCCUGGACCGAAGACACCAUUCAGCUCAAGAGGAGCUGCAAAAGAUGGAAGGUAAAAAAAAAAAGGAAGCCAGAAAGGACGGAGACAGAAAUCCACAAACCCCCAUGGUGUCGAAAGUGGCACAGCAGGCUGAACAUUAUGCUCUUAGUAACAGCAAGUGUUGCUGACAGGCUGGUUGGCUGCUGGCUGGAGAGGGACCGUCUGUCAGUCUGCCUGCAGAUCCAGACCUCACACACUGUUGACAUCUGCAAUGGAACAACAGACGAUACAGCAGACAGGACAAGCCCAUCAUACAAAAUAAAUAACGUGCAUGCAGUUUUUACAGAGAAUGCAACAUUUUUUAUAUUCCAAUCCCCACACUGUCCAUCUUUUGUUCUGCAUUUUUGAGACAGAUGCUUUGCGAGAGGCAUUAUGUUCCUGUCGGCUCUGAGGUGUGGAUUCAUUUGACUAUGCAAUUUAAAGAAAUCCAUAUGAAAAAAAAAAAGAGGAGCAACGACAUCAACAUGGGACAUACUGGUUAUUUUACCAUGCCAAAAAUGCCACCGAAGACUUAGGCUCAAUGUAAUAUACUUCAGUCAUUCAUUGAAUUAUUUGCUCAAUUUCUUUACUUAUUUAUCUACCUUUGAAUUUAUUUUUCUACUUAAAAGAAAAAAUAAACUGUCUUGUAAGUUACUCACAUCUUUACAAAUCUUGAUGAACUAAUUUUAUUUCUUAAUAGCUAUGUUUUUUAAGUGAAUCAUUUAUAAACCGUAUGAUCCAUUUGUGACGCUCCGAUGCUUUAAGCCUGCUGUCAGUUUGUUGAGACACUGAUGCAGAAAACACGCUUGCGUUUUGGUAUCAGUUGUUUUGUCUCUGGGUGUUUGAUAUGCUUUUCUCUGUUUCCCUGAGACUUCUGCUAAAACAUCAGGGGUCUCUACGAUGUUAUGUGAAUGUGUGUUUUCCAAACAUUAUUAAUGUGCUGCAUCAUAAUCCAGUCCCCGUUUUUGCCUCCCCUACAACUUAAACCUGCUAUCUCAAGCCUUUUGGUUCAAUCUUGUUGUUUCAGAGUCUUGGGGUCAGUUAGAUGCCUUCAGUCAUGCUUUGUUUGGAUUUGACAAUCUUCAUUUUUCUAUCUGUCAAGAAGGGCUUAGCCCAUCGCUAUAGAAACUGGGGACAUGAGCCCAGGCCUGACCUUGUGACUGGUGAGAGACAGGAGACUUAGCCAAUAGCCAGAGAUCAGGUUGCACAGAGGAUGGCCUCAGCAGGGAUGUGUGUGUGUCUCUGUGUCUGUGCUGUCACAGGCAUCCUCCACAUCCCUGCUGGAAAAACACAACUGAGCUGAACUGGAGCAUCACUCAACGCUGCUCUGCUUUUAUACAUUAAAGCUGUGUGUGUCUGUGCAUUUGUGUGUGUGUGUGUGUGUGUGUGUGUGUGUGAGAGAGAGUGAGUGUAAGUGACUGACUGUGUGUGUGUCUGUCUGUCUGUCUGUCUGUCUGUUUGUCUGUGAGUGUGCUUGCAGAUGAGUGUACUCAGUGAGAGUGGGCUGUACUCUGUGGCUGUCAGUUAAGUAUAGAUAUUGGCUAAACUGUGGAAAUUUGGAAAAACACAUGCUUGUAUUGAAACAUGCACAGAUAUUAGCUAACAGUAUACCCCACCAUGUACCUAUAUGAGAGAAAUGAAGGAUGCAUGAAUGUAAAUAUUGAUAUUUGAAUAUCUGCCUUCUGGACUGUUAAUUAAUGUACAGUGUAACAGAACAUAUGUUAAUACAUAGUAAAACUUAAACAAUGUGCUACCAUUUAGAAUUAUGUCAAUGUUGUCAUGUUGCUGGAGCAAGCCAUUCAUGUAUAUAUGGCAAUCAAUAGUACAUACACAAUUUAUGCAUUAUACCAAACCGAAAGAUGUGCAUAAGUUGAUUUAAUUUGAGCUUUUCAGUUGUAAAUAAAACUGUACAUAACAAGAGACCCACAGCCUAUUGUGUUUAAAGAGGCAUAUGACAUAAAUCUGUUGUUAUGUUAUGGCAGACAAACUGGACUGUGUGUGGCCAAGGUGAUACAAGUGAGCUUGUUAUAUUAUGCCCCUGCCCAUCCUGUCUGCAAUGUGCUGUGUUGUGCCGUUCAUGUCUUGGGCGGAGAGAUGUGCUGGCCGUGUCUCCUGGGCCCCCCACAGUGGAGGACAUGCUCUCAGUCUGUCUCACACAGUGCAUCUUUAAUGAACUGCAAUUAUCAAGCAUAUUGCUCUCCAUGGGCCUUAAUGACGCAAACAAGAAAACUUAUACGUUGCAUAUUGUGCUCGCUCUGGGCUCGAUAAAUAAUCACGUGACAAAACCUCGUGGAUGUGUGUGAGGGAAUUUCUGCUGCUCAAGCAAGAAUGAAAUUGGGGUUUAGAAGAAAGCUAAAAGAAGGAAGUAGAUUCAAAAACACUUCUGUGAAAUUGUCUUAAAUUCAAUCAUAUAGACAUUUUUCUAUUUCUAUUUUAAUUUUUACAUUAUACAUUAACUGUAGUUAAUGAUGUGAAACAAACAAGGGGGACAAACCUGUGCAAUACAGGCUGAUGCACAGGAGCACUGAAGAGGAAUGUCAAUGAAUUAUAAUGUGAAUGAGGGACCAUAGAGUGCUUUGCCUGCCCUGCUUUGGAUGUGCCACUUGAUGGUAAUGGCAAUGGACAGUCUGAGCAAUUUAAACAUUCAUGCAUUGUCCAGCCAGGGCGCUGUGGAUUUCACUGUAAUAAAAGCAAUGUGACAGCACUAGGCGGGGGGACAAGUUUUCUGAGCCUCUCAGAAGGUAUUUCCACAGAGCAAAAGGGCGCUGAUACACAGGUUCUUUUCAAUGUGGGUUCUUAAAAAUUGGUUCCGGACAAAAAAUAGUGCUGCACCCUGUAUGAGACUACCUCGCUCAACUUGCUCUUUAAUCAAGAAAUGUCACCAAUGCACACACCUGGUAAUACACCACGCUGGUGCAUGCAAGUCUGUGUGUAUGAGAGCUGAAAAGUCCUUUCAAAGCUGACCUUCACAAUCUUUGAGGACCCACUCACACCCUCUCUGCCCGAGAGGCCUUUGGUCAUCUUUAAUUACCCUCACUACCUCCAGCUGCCUGCUCAUCAGGUCAGCGCUUCCAUAUGGUCCUCCAGGAGGCAGCAGGCAGGGGCGGGGAAAGCUGGAUACCUGUGGGACACUGAUUACAUAAGCUGCUGCUAAUGAGAGAGGUUCUUUCGUAAAGGGCUGCGAGUUCAAACGAUCACAACGGUGGCAGUGGCUGACAGACGCAAGCCCAGAGCAAGGGGGACUUGAUUAAAUACAAACACA